AUGACUACCACGCAAGCGCCAAUCACCCUCCGCCAACGCCCCCAAACCCUCGACACAGUCCGCCUCCGCGACAUCUCCCUCACCCUCCCCGCAGCCCCAGAAGCCUGGCACCGAACCGGAAAAUCCCAACCCUGCACCGCAACCCUAACACUCUCAUACUCAUCGAUAAUCGCCGCCGCAGAAACAGACAAUGUCUCCCUAACACUGGACUACGGCAAGCUCUUCAGACGCCUAGACAGCGACGUGCGCAACAUGGCACAACUCUCCACGUCAGCAGACCAUCCACACAAACACAUGGUCAGUGUGGCUGGGACCCGGUGCGCAGAUCUGGAUAACGAUACCUAUGCGGUUGGACUAGAUCCGCGCGUUACGGCUGCUAUCGUUGCGAACGCUGGAUUGGGGAUGUUGGAGGAGACGGCCGCGCGCGUGGCGGAGGAGAGUGUUUCGGAUGGGUAUGGGGAGUGUGAGGUUGAAUUGUGUUUUGGAAAGGCUUUGUUGAGGGCUGAGGGGGGUUUGAGGUAUCGGAGUGUUACUGUCUGGGGGGAGAGGGAUGGCGGCGUGAGGUGUCCUGUUGUUUUGGAGGAGGAGUUCCGUAUUGAGGGGAUUAGGUGCCAUGCUGUGCUUGGAGUUAAUGCUCAUGAGAGGGUCGAGAAGCAGGCUGUUGUUGUUGGGUUGGUGUUUCGCGGAGAGGGGUUGGGGGUCUGGGGGUCAAAGGUUGUGGAGAGUUAUCAGGCUGUUACGAGGGCUGUUGCUGAGCAAGUUGAGGAGACUUCGUUCCAGACUGUUGAGACCUUGGCUACGUUUAUUGCUCGCAUUGUUACUGUUGACUUUGGAAAUGAGUUUGUUACAGUUAAAGUUGAGAAGCCCAGUGCUCUUGCUUUUGUGGGGAGGUCUGGUGUCGAGAUUACUCGCUCGAAGGAGUUCUUUGAUACUCACGAUGUGCCGAGGAAGUAA